UAUUUUUUUCAUAAAUAAGAGCUCCCAAAUCGAAAAAGAAUUCAGAGUGUUCCUCUUUAUGUGAACGACUCUCUGCACUCUGCACCAUUGUUUCUCUCUCUCUCACACACACAGACACGCAUUUCCACAUUUUCUUCCUUUCUCUCAAAACUAUGAAGUAGAGGGAAGUAUAAUCCUGUCCAGAAAGGUCUUGUCUUGGUUUUUUCCUUGUGUUCUUGGAGGUGGAUUUUUUAGCAUUUUGGGGGUUUUCUUUGCUUAGAUCCAAGCGUUUUAAUCUCGCCAUUGUUCAUCAUUUGCUCGUUUUCUUGUAAUUCGAGUGCCACAAAAUGAGUAGAGAGGAGUUCUUGAAGAUCCAGACUUGUGUUCUUAAAGUGAACAUACAUUGUGAUGGCUGCAAGCAAAAAGUCAAGAAAAUCUUGCAGAAGAUUGAAGGUGUUUACACUAUAAAGAUCGAUUCUGAACAAGGGAAAGUGACGGUGUCUGGGAACAUCGACCCGUCGAAAAUCAUCAAGAAGCUAAUUAGGAAUGGGAAGCAUGCCGAGUUUUGGGGCGCGCCGAAGGGUAACAACAACGCGCAGAAUUUCGCGAACCAGUUCAAGAAUCUGCAGAUCGACAACGGCAAAGGUGGUAAUAACAAGGCGCAAGUUGCGAAGGGUAAUGGCGGCGGCGGCGGCGGCGGUAAUAACCUUCCGAAGGGAGUCCCGGGCAUGAAUCCGCAGCUCCAGCAGCAGCUUCAAAUGAUGAAGGCGCUCCAAGAUAUGAAAAUGGCGGCGGGCGCACCUCCAAAGGGUCAGAAUGUUAAUCAGAAGAGCGUCAAGUUCGAUUUGCCGGAGGACGAUGGGUUGAGUGACGACGAUUUCGACGACGAUUGGGAUGACGACGAGGAAGACGACUAUGACGAUGAGGACGAUGAAUUUGACGAUGGUGGACAUGAUAAAAUGAAGGCCGCCAUGAUGGGCGGCGGCGGCGGUGGCCGUGGCGGCGGCGGUGGCGGUGCUCAGAUGGCGAAUGUUAUGCAGAAUAUGAUCAACGCCAAGAAAGGCGGCGGCGGCGGCGGGAUGAAUAUACCUGUCCAGAUGAACUCCGGCGGCAAGAAAGGUGGGAAUUCGAACAACAAUGCCGGAAACCAAAAUCACGGCAACGGAAAAGGUGGCGGCAAUAUCAACUUUGGCGGCCAAAACAAGAACGGAGGCGGCGGCGGGAACGGCGCGCAUAAUUUUAACCCGAACGGGGCGAAGAAAAUGGGAAUUAACGACGGCGGCGGGGCUAACCCGAACAUCCCGAUGAUGAUGGCGAACAUGCCGGCGGGGAUGAGAGCACCCGGCAUGAAUUCCGGUGGGCCAAUGCCGGGCCAAAUGCCGGGCCAAAUAGGUGCAAUUCGAGGCCUUCCGACCAGCGGCGGUGCUGCCGCCGCCGGUCCCGGAGCCGGGUACUUUCAAGGCGGCGAUCAAAUGGCGGGCGGGAACCAAUUUCAACAGCAACAGCUUGCGGCUAUGAUGAUGAACCAGCAACGGGCGAACGGGAACGAGAGGUUUCAGCCGAUGAUGUAUGCGCGACCGCCGCCGGCGGUGAACUACAUGCCGCCGUAUCCGCCGUACCCGUACCCGCCGCCACCGGGGACCCGGUUGGACGAGUACUCGAUGUUCAGCGACGAGAAUACGUCGAGCUGCCGCGUGAUGUGAGAAUGAAGGCCGGAAAUUCAUCGAUGGAGAGCUCGAUUUUUUCGUCGAUCGAUCGAUGUUUCGACGAGAUUGCCGGAAUCCGGUUGAUGAAUUGGCUGUGCUGCGGCGGUGAAGAAGACGACGACGACGAUAUAUAUAUAUAUAAUAUGAGAUAUGAUAUGAUAUAUAGAUACAUGAAAAUGGUUUCUUGGAUUUGGUUUUAUGUAUUUGUUUGGUGAUUUUGAAGCCUAAGUGUUUUUAGAUAUAAAUGAAGAAAAUGUGACAAUGAGUGAGUGAGUAAGGAGGUUUUAGGUGGGAAGAAGGUGUUUGUUUGUAUAAUGUUUAUAUUUUUAAGAAAAAAUUUUACUGAAAAAAAAUAAAUUGUGACAUA